AUGUUUUCGUUCACAUCGUCCAUACCUAUAAUACAUCCUUCGCACGAAGAAUCGCAUUUGGGGAGAGCUAAUGGAUUGGCAGAGUACGGCGGAAAUGAAGAUGGAAAUGACAAACAUAAGAACGACAGCGCGAGGAAAUACAAUCCCAUAAUACAUUGCGUCCUGGCUGGUGGGAUCGGUGGAGCUAUCGGAGACUCCGUAAUGCAUUCACUGGACACGGUAAAGACAAGACAACAAGGAGCUCCGAACGUGGUGAAAUACAAACACAUGCUUUCGGCGUAUAGAGCCCUCUUUUUGGAAGAAGGGGUCCGGAGAGGUCUUUACAGUGGCUACAGCGCAGCGUUGAUGGGCUCGCUACCUAGCGCGGCCAUUUUUUUUGGUACGUACGAGUUUUUGAAACGCAAAAUGAUCGAUGAUUGGGCUAUCAACGAUACCGUCUCGCACCUCACAGCAGGCCUGGGCGGUGAUCUAGUAUCCAGUUUUGUCUAUGUGCCCAGCGAAGUGCUUAAGACACGGCUUCAGCUGCAGGGCCGAUUCAACAAUCCGCAUUUUCAUUCUGGUUACAAUUACCGAAAUUUAAAGGACGCGGUGGUCACGAUAGGGCGCACUGAGGGCUGGAGAACUCUGUUUUUUGGGUAUAAGGCUACUUUGAGUCGGGAUCUUCCAUUUAGCGCUUUUCAAUUUGCAUUUUACGAAAAGUUUAGACAAUGGGCCUUUAAGUUGGAACAAAAAUCUCAAAACCAAGAUCUCUCUGUAUUGAGCGAACUAUUAACUGGUGCUGCUGCUGGUGGUCUUGCUGGGACCCUCACAACCCCAUUGGAUGUUAUAAAGACUCGCAUACAAACUCAGGUGCCCUCUACGAUAAACGCUGACAGCCAGCAACUAGUUAGGAUUGAAAAUUCUUUGGUGAAGGGUUUGACUGCGGUUUAUAAAUCUGAGGGAAUGUUGGGAUUUUUCAGUGGUGUAGGGCCCAGGUUUAUAUGGACCAGUGUACAGAGCAGUAUAAUGCUCUUGCUAUAUCAGGUGGCUUUAAAGUCGUUCGAUAGAUACUAG